AUCAAUUAAGAAAAUUCAUUUUGGCCCUGGGAUUCUAGACCCUUUACGCCAGUGAUUCCUUGGUUUACCUCUCCAGGAUGGUGCAACUUGGUUUUGCUAGUCUUAACGGGAUCCUCUGAUCUCUAGGUAUCUAUGAGUUCGAUCAAAGGUGGCAUCCUUGUUUGACAAAGAUAACAACAGCAAGUACUCCUAGAAAGUGAUUAUACUAGAAGUGGCGAAUUCUCUGCUAAAUGGCAGGGGUUAGUGUUCCUAAGCUCAAAGCUUUUAGCAUUUUGAAGACCAGAUUUAAUCCUCUGGUUCAGUUCUUUUGUGUCUUCACUGCCGAAUGACUCCAUUUUCCCUGUUAGGAAGUACUAAAAGCAUAGUACUAGCAAAGAAUGGUCGUAUCUUUCAGUCUAUACGCUUGUAUAUACAGCAGCUGUGGCGGAGCUGUGUUGUCAUGGUCAAGAUUAUCCGAGAAAUGAAAAUUUUCACUAGUCUUUUUGUUGGAUAACCAAAUAAUUUCUCAUACCUGGUUUUAUAUCCUGCAAGAAAGAUGGCAAAGAGGAACUGAUCCAUAUCCUCUGGUAAUUCAUAGAAUUCCAACUUGGGGAAUUAUCUAUUAUUUUCUGCCAACGGUAUGAUGCAAACAGAAGAGAUAUCUGCCCCAGCUCCUUUUUCCCCCAGAAUCAGUGGCACGUGCCCACACCUCGAUUGAAUCAUGCUGUUCGACCUGUUCCGAACGAUGGAUCAUCGUCUACAGAGAGCUUCCAAUGGUUGCCAAAUCUAGGGAGAUGCGAAAUCAGUUGUACCAUGCUUACCAUCCUUCUGUAAGAUACUGCCAGCAAAUUGUCAGCAGUUGAAAUUUCUUUCUGGAGCCCACCCUUUCAUGAUGCUAACACUGCGAAACGGGGAAGGAAGAACUGGUUACAGGUUAAAAUUUUACCGACGAACUUAGAAUUUAUUUAAACUUUAAACCCAUUUUGGAUGGAAUCCUACAAACUAGUGAUUCUCUAAUUAUAAAACAUGAUAAUUAUCCAUUUAUUUCCAGUGGUAUUAAGGGCUUUGAAUUUUAGGAAGUGUAAUCCAGGAAACUGAUAUGUUCAUGAAAACAGUACUAUCAGUUUAGGAAUCAGCCAAUCAAGCAAUGUUUGUGGUGGUCACCGACACUCCUUUUGCAGUCGUUUUUGGUUACUCCAAUCUCCCAUUUACUUCUGCAUUAAGUUCCUUUGUAAACAGUACUUCUUUCUUUGCUUGAGAUCCAAACCCACUCUCCCAAUCCAGCACUCUUUUUCAAUCUGUCUCACACUGUUGAGACUUCGAGCAUGUAUGACAGACUAAAACGUGUAGAAGAAACUUGGCUAGAUGGAGGGUACAAUGCAUACAUUUUUCUGUUUAAAUCUUUGAACUAGAAACAGUGCUUGCAGGAUCGUGAUAUCAACUUAUCAUCUAUACAGGCUGUUACGAGAACAGAAAUAUUGUAUUUCACACUGUACACGCCGUUAUGAGAAUAGAAAUCUUAUAAAUCUUAUAUUGUGUUGUACAGUAUCGUGUUCACAAAUUAUUGACUACUAUAAUUGUUUAGUUUUGGUAUCUUCUAUUUCGGAGAAUGCCUGGAGGAAGUUGCAAUGGUCUUAAAUGAUCCUCUGAAGGAGCUUGUCGAGACGUUGCUAAAUACAUGACUAAACUCAUCUACCCCUCUGACAGCAGCUCAUCCCAUAAAUGCAGCUUUAAAUAGAGGAAAUUCAUGGAGCAUGACAACCUUUGGCCAGUUGACCGCCACUUACUAGAAAUGUAUCGGUAUGAAGGACCAAAGGCCAAAGCAGUAAUAGUUGUGCACUUAUGCUAGACAAUCAGGGCCUCGAUGGAGACGAAAAUUACAGUCUUUUCCUCAACAUGUGCAGAGUUCAUGGUUAGCAACACAGUGAGAUCAGCUUCCUCUGCCGAUCCAACCAUCCCUGGGAAACUACUGCGCCUGUUGUUCCAUGACUGUUUCGUGGAGGGUUGUGAUGCGUCAGUACUACUACAAGGAAAUGAGACAGAGCGAAGUGAUCCAGCUAACACCUCCCUCGGAGGAUUUUCAGUUAUUGAUUCAGCUAAAAGGGUGCUUGAAAUUUUCUGUCCAGGAACCGUUUCUUGUGCUGAUAUUGUUGCUUUGGCUGCAAGGGAUGCAGUUGCAAUUGCUGGUGGACCUGCAUUUCAGAUUCCAACAGGAAGGAGAGAUGGCAGGAUAUCCAACGCUGCAAAUGUCAGGCCCAAUAUUGUAGAUACAAGUUUUACUAUGGAUGAGAUGACAAAGCUCUUCAGCUCUAAAGGCUUGUCUCUGGAUGACCUGGUUACGCUAUCAGGUGCUCAUACAAUAGGACUAGCUCACUGUAAUGCAUUCAGCGAUCGAUUCCGACAGGACUCCAAGGGAAAGCUGACGCUGAUUGACACAUCCUUAGACAGUACCUACGCAGAAGAGCUUAUGAAAAAGUGUCCAGCAGGUGCAAGCACAUCUACCACUGUCAGCAAUGAUCCCGAGACAUCCCUGGCGUUCGAUAACCAGUACUAUACCAAUCUCUUGGCCCACAGAGGGUUGUUUCAGUCAGAUUCUGUUCUUGCAAAGGAUGGAAGAACGAGGAAACAAGUGGAAGCUUUUGCAAACGAUCAGGAAAGCUUUUUCCGGAGUUGGAGGGAGUCAUUCUUGAAGCUCACAACCAUCGGAGUGAAGACAGAUGAUGAAGGGGAAAUCCGGCAGUCUUGUUCAUUUGCUAAUUAAUGGGUGAAGAUAUAAUAAACCCAAAAAAAAAAAAAAAACCUUUGGGUGUUGUUCAGCAUGCAUCAAAACGUUAUUAUUCUUGUCUUACGGUUCAAAUAGUGGCUCUUAUGCUUGUGACAGUGUCUGUAUACAUAUUGUGUUCAUACAGUCUGAGGUUACAUAUGUUAAUUUGAUGUUGGUUUCGUCUA